AGUCAAAUUAUUCGUCCCAGUGUAUGGGUAGUAAUAUUCAUGCUGUAGUAAUCCGAUAUGGUUGUACGAAAUAUAUUUCUGAGUUUAAACUAAAUUACGUAUUCGUGAAUCUCGACGUGUUAUGUUGUCAUUUUUUCUUCAUUUUUUUGCAACAUUUUGCUGAAAUUGAAAUGAAUGUUUUUAGAAGCGUUCUGUUAAAUCGGCCUUCCGCGUUGCCCUUUGUUGAACAAGUCUUACUUUUCGAGUGAGUGGAAUUAUUUUCGAGCUGGUGCAACUGCUCCAAAACAUACGAGGCACAAACACUUCUUAAUGGCGUUAUUUAGCAUCUUCUCCUGAGCGCACAGGUAAGAAUGCGACUGACCUCAAUUACUAUAUAUUUAUUGAAUAUAAAAAAAUAUAAUUGGUUACAUUUGGCUAAUCUGUAAACCAGUAAUAUAAAUUCUGCAACUGAUUCCUCGAUACAUACAUGUGUACAUUGUUUUUAAAAGAAUGUGUUUUAAAAACGGGCGCAGCGCAAACAUGAACGUACAAUUUAUAAUUGCAAUCGCUUUAACGCUUAGAAGAAGUGAUAUGUUGUACAAUAUUACAUCAUUUGCUAGUUUAAUUGUAAUCUGAUCAGACUCAUUUCCUGCAGAUCAAACUAAGUAGUAAUACAUAAAUCGAUCCUUUGUCGCGCUACGAACGUUUGCGAAUACUUCGCAUGUCGAAUUCUUUAUGUAGAACGCAUUUUAAAAACGUUUGUGUAUGUAUUUAUAGACAGAGAUAGAUAGAUUGCACUAACUCCAUGAAUGACAACAGAGUUGGGUAAACUUCCGUUAUAUUAUUGAUGUUGCUGGGACCUGCUGUAGCCUGGUGGAAGAGAAGUACAGCUUUGGUGGAUAGUACUAAAAGAGCUGCCCCAAACUCGGUUAUUGUCAAAGGAUAUACACACAUCGAUUAUGUCAGUAUUUGUUGGAUGCAAGAAGUGGAUUCUUGGGAGUUUUCAAAUGACCGGCCUUUCAUCAGAUUCCACAGAAACCAUAGCGAAUGAGGCUAGAUCGGAAACAGAAUCCAGAGCUGUAGAUUCAGAUCAGAUCCGCAUUGCAGUCGCCACGGGGGAACUGAAAAGAGCAGGUUGGUACUGGGGUAAUCUGACAGCCAAUGAAGCCAAAGAGAUAUUGCAGGACACCACUGAGGGAACCUUCCUAGUCAGGGACAGCUCGCAGCAGGACUACCUGUUCACCAUUUCUGCAAAAACUUCAGUGGGACCAACCAACUUGCGCAUCGAGUACAGAGAUGGCAAGUUCAGGCUGGACUCUGUUUUGUUCAUCAAACCCAGACUCAAGCAGUUUGACACUGUGGUGCCUCUUGUAGAACAUUAUGUAUAUCUGUCCCGGAUUUCUAAAAGCUCGGAGUCGGCAUCACCACUCAACGGCACAGUGCAGCUCUUGUUGACCAAGCCUAUUUAUGCUUCAGCUCCAUCUCUGCAGCAUCUCUGCAGAAUCUCCAUUAACAAGGCUACCAAGAGUAUAGAGGAACUGCCUUUACCAAACAGGAUUAAAAAUUACUUGACAGAGUACACCUAUCAUGUGUGAGAGCUGUGUUCCAGUACAGUAUGUGUAAUAAGAAUAGCAUCUAACACAUAAACCACUUUUUUGUGCUUAAUUACUCAGACUUGACAUUGUGACCCAUUUUUGCCCAGUAAUAAAUGCACUUAAAAUAAGUAUGCAAUUCGCAAAAUAGAAAAGAUGAAAAAAUUAAGAAAUAUUUUCUAGAGCUAAAAUGUAUUUCAUUUUUUUAACUAAUACUUUUUAAACCAAAUAUAAAAAAAAAGUUUUUUUUUUCAUCCUUCUGAUGUUUCUGUUUUGUGGUUUGUUGACUAGAGCGAUAGCUCUGCUGAGUCAGUGGAGAAAUUACAGCCGCUACCAUGCUUGCUAUGAACAUUUUACUAAUUCGUUUUUACAAUUGUAAAGGCUGUACCAGAUUACUGGAUGUAUUUAGAUGGUAUAUUUUCCCUCUGCUAACCCCCCCCCCCCCUCCCCCUUUUGUGUGCCUGAGUUGUGCCAACUGCUAAUUCCAAUUAAUGUUAAUUUGUUAAUUUGUUUUAAUGAAAUUCAGUAUGAGUAAAAGGGUGUGUGUUGAAAUAGGUUAUGUUGGGGGAAAAAGUGACAUUUCCCCAAGCACAAAUACAUUGCAGUUCUGUGGUUGGCAGAUGAGAAUGCAAUUUGGUUUCUUAAUGAAUCAUGUGAAUAAUGAUUUAAAAAAAAAAAAUACUGCAUGGUAUUAAUGUGUUAGUCUCUUAAAAGAGGCAGUCGAGAGGCAUUGUAUUGAGGUUAUAAAAAGUUAAACGGUGGGGUCGAGGCUGGGGGUGCUAAAUGCAUAUUUUCUUUACCAAAUAUUUUGCUAAAAAUACAGUCUCUCGUUGGUGGUAACUUUUAUCCUGUACAGUUCUCCUGUACAGUGCACUUUUUAAAAACAGUAUCUUGAUGUUGUAUACCUUACUAUUUUAUUACUGUAUGUGAUUAUAGAUGUACAAGUUUGAAAUAAAUGAUCAUUACUAGA